AUGCUCUCUUGCUUUGGACGCGAUGGCGAUGAAGAAGAACGCGAGCCACUGCUGCCGCGCUACAACGAUGACACCGCGAGAGAAGCGCGGCUGCAUGAAAAGCUGCACACAUACCAGAUGCUGCGUGCCAUCUCUAAAGGAUUCAUGCCAUCCACAGAGCAGACAAAAAUACAAUUGAGAACUCUUCUUUCAUCGCAGAUUCUCAACCCCUCGGAAACGGGCGGCCUGUCCAGCUCCGGUCGUGCGCUGGUCCGCACCACCAAGGAGUGGCUGCGUCUCUUCAUUGGGCUUCUGGAGCAAAAGAAUUCACAGGAUCAAAUCCAGGAUUUUAUCUGGUAUCUCGCGAGCGCAAGGGUCCAAGUCGACUCCAACGGCGCUGGCAGUAUUUUUAAGAAGGGGACGGCGCACGCCAAGGCCUCAGCCGCAGCACAGGCUCUACGAACGGUCUUUUCACUUGCCCUCUUGAACAACGACUUCCGCGUUUUGGUAGCUGAUGUCGGGACCAUCACCACACAAGUACUUCGGGAUGGUGCUUUCGCCAUUGGCCAGGCUUCCAACGAGGCUGGCAAGCAGCUCGACUCUGCAGCUGCAAAAGGAUCCGGCGACCUGGCUGCCUUGAAAGCCAGCGACAAAAAGGCCGAGGAGGAGUUUUCCAAGGAAGACCUGAAGCAGAAAGCCGCCCAGGUCAAGGAUGAGAUCAAGGACGAUGCGGCGCAAGUCUCCGAGGAGGUGUAUACAAGCCUACAGGACCACAUGGGCGAGGAGACGCAGAAGAUUUUGAUCAAUCGCUUAAAAGCGGCCGUUCGUGGCCUUCGACAGAAAAAGGACUACUCCGAGGCUGUGUCGCAAUUGGCUGAACUUUUGCAACGCUGUGCCACCAUUUAUCUAUCUGCCGCGGGAGAAGCGGCCGAGGAGGUGGAAGAGAACAUCGAGUUGAACCGGCAAGCAAAAGAGGCAGCUACAAAUUUCUGGGGUUUCAUCUCUUCGUUUGGCGACAAGAGUCUCUGGGAUAAUGUUGCGACCUCGUUUCGCGAGUUUACCGACAAGAAUCGCGAAAACAGAGAGAAUGCUGAGCAACUUGCUCAGGAGCUCAUCACAAUGGUACAGAAAAUGCUAUCCGACCCGGAGUUCCUAGAGAAUUUUGGAGAAAAGAAGCAAGAGAUGAAGGAAAAGACAAGAGAACUGACAAAUGACUCUUCUCUGGGCGACGAUAUUUCCCAUUUGAUCAAUACCACGCAGUCGGCGGUCCAUUCCGCCAUUCACGACCCAGCCGUGCAAAAGUUGGUUUCCUCAUCAUGGCGUCUUGCUGAGAUUUUAUUCCCGACAAGUCUGCACGGCAACUCGGAACUAUUCACAGACUUUGGAAAUAUAUUCCUGCCGUUACUGGUGCAGGCAGUGCAGCAUCUGCCCAUUCCGCGGCUCGAGGUCGCCACUCCGACAGUCGACCUCCUCCUGGAGAACCUCAUCUUGCAGCCCGGAAAAACAGUCAACCACAGCUCGUUCCUACCAUACAAUGCUCACCUCACUACUACAAACCAACUUGACGUCACCAAGCACCGCCUUGGAACCGCCUCUUCUACAACCAACCUGCUCAACAUCAAGCUCGCCGGCAUCUCACUCGCCGCCGACGACCUGGGCUACUGGAUGCGCGUGCACUCGGGCCUCCUACGCUUCGUGGACGAGGGCCUCGCCGGCUUCCACCUCGACGAGCGCGGCAUCGACAUCCACGUGGAGCUCGAGGUCGGCCGCGACCGCAUCGAGGAGCUGGUGGUGCUGCGCUCCGCCCGCGUCAAGAUCCACCACCUCGACUACAAGCUGCGCAAGUCCAAAUUCACCUGCCUGGCAUGGUUUCUCAAGCUGCUCCUGCGGCCGAUCCUCCGCAAGGCGCUCGAGUCGGCCAUAAAGUCGGCCAUCGGCGACGGCGUCCGGGCGCUCAACAGGGAGCUGGUGUUUGCGCGCGAGCGGCUGCGGGCGGCGCGCGUGUGCAGCCCGGACAGCCUCUGGACGUUUGUGAAGGCGGUGGCGGCGCGGUUCAGGCUGGAGGACAACCCGGACGUCUCGGCGAGGGUGGGCGUGAAGCCCGGGCGGGACGGCGUCUUCAGAGGGCGGUACGCGCCAGGCAGCUUGGUGAGGCUGUGGGAGCAGGAGGCGGAGGACGCCCAGCAAAACAUUCACGAGUACAGACGGGACGGGUGGCGAAACGAUAUCUUUAGCGUGCAGACUGUGCCGUUGUAG